UACUGACAGCUAGCAUCUGCUGCUAGCGCUGCGCUGCGACGGGGGGGUGGGAACCAUUUGCAUGCGAAGGGGAGAGAGGGGGGGGGGAGAAAAAAAAAAGAAAGAGAUUUUGAAAUUGGGGAUUUCUUCGCUCGUCGGUGGGGAACGGUUGCUAGCAACGUGGCCCGUCGAUUGCUGGUCCUUUUAUCGCGUUAGCAGCGUAGCAGGAGCUAGCCCGAAGAAAGGGGAGGAGAGACGGGGCGAGAGGACGCAUUCAAAUCAAAUGUUUAUCAGCAAUUCGUCCAUCACCGGCCAAAUCCGCCGCAUCUCCAUCAUGACCGCGACUGCUUUUGGACGGAAUCUCCAUUCGGGGAAAUGAUAAACGCGAGAGGCGCAGGAAAAGGAGAAAGACUGUCUUUUUUUGGAGGUGGUUGGAUUAUAACCCCGUAGACCCCCCUCUUUUUUUCAUCCAGCUUUCUCCUCCUCCCCUCCAUUUCUCUUUCAAUAUGCUGUUUUCCACUCCUGAGGACUUGCUUAUGAAACCGGGAAAAAUAGCCUGAAACCGAGAAAGGGAAAUACUGGAUUUUCUCUCCCCCCCCCCCUCCUCCUCCCUCCGUGAUCUGCCCUGCGACGUUUUCGUUGCUUUCGUCCCUCAUCGCACACAUUGUCCAACACAUAAAUGGAUAGGAAUUACCCGGGAACAGGAUUCGGUGAUUUGGGCGCAGGAGCAGGAUGGAGUUACGAGCGAUCGGCAAAAGCAAGUCUUGUAUAUGGGAGUUCCAGAUCAUCCCACCCUGAGUCUGAGCUCCUCCACCGACAAGCCUACGCCACCCCACACCCUCUGCAGGGCUAUGCCACCAAUCACCACCCAGGGAGCUCUGGCCAAGGCGGGGCUUGGGGAGCAGCUGGACGUAGUUUGGGUCUGUCGGGGCUCUUUGACACUGGCCUUCACCAUGCCAGCCCCUCUGCCCCCGAUGCAUCAGUCAUGAAUCUGAUCUCGGCCCUGGAGUCAAGGGGUCCUCAGCCUCCGCCCUCUGCCUCCUCCCUUCUCUCCCAGUUCCGCACACCAUCCUGGCAGACAGCGAUGCACACACCUGGUCCUCCUGAGCUAUUCAUCUCUGGAGCCCUUCCUGGCUCUGGAUCCUUUCCCUCCUCCUCGGCUCUCUCAGCCUAUCAACAUCCAGCCUCCUUCUCCAGCCGUUCUUUCCCUGCUGGCUCCCUUUCCCUCCAGGACACGCCCACGUUUAGUCCCACAUCCAACGGCCUGCUCUCCCCGCAUGACCCCCUACUACACAUAAAGGCUCCUUCCCAGUCUAGCCUAGGUUUCGAUAGACUCCUGUCCUCACAGGGUGCAGCUGCAGCUGCCUACAGGGGCAGCCAGGAUCCCACAGGAGCAACAUCAGCCCAGGCGUCGUCCGCCAGGCACCUGCAGUCGCACCAGUUCAACCUGCUUUCAUCACAGCUCCAGGACCAGUCCUCCCAGCUGUAUAAUGCAUCUGUCUUUUCCUCGGCCCAGCCCCAGGCUCAGUCCCAGUCCCAGUCCAAUUCGGCUCAGGAACGGGCUGUGCCCCGGCAGGACAGUGUUAUAAAGCAUUACCAGCGGCCCACACCAACUCAGUCACAGCUCUCGUCCUCUGCUGCCCACUCCCUUCAGCACUAUCUAAGCUGUGGGGGGGCGGGGUACCAGCAGAUAGCCACGCACCACAGACAUGCUGGCCUUUCUUGCAGCCCACUGGGCGACCAGAGCCCGUCGUCUGACCACAAGCCCACCUCUCGCACUGAACAGUAUCGGCCAAUCAUCCAGCCUCCAUAUUCCUCAUCCUCUUCUUCCUCCUCUUCGUCCUCAGCUGGGAAAGGUACGAAAAACAGCUCCAGCAGCGGCUAUUCUUCUGCCAGUUCAGCUUCAUCCUCAAGAACUCCUCACACACCCCCUUCUGCUUCCUCUACUUCUUCCUCCUCCUCCUCUUCUUCUGCCACUUCUGGUGCUCAUCCUUCCAACUCCAUCCCCACCUCCAGCUCCAGCGCAGCCCCUUCCAGGCAGCAGCCACCCCCUCAGCCAGCUCCCCCUCCCCCAGCCCCUCAGCAGCCCCCUGCCACCUCUUCCUCAGCACCCAAAUCCUGCCUCUCAGGCUAUGGUUCUCCUGUCCCCCCUGUGAAGACCCCCACCUCUGCUCUUACUGGUCAGACCCCACCCCAACAACAAACACAGUCAUAUUCCCCUAAUCAGCCCCCUACUUCCCAUCUGGCUCAGUCAUAUGGAGGCUUCAGUUCACCACAAGCUCAAGACCUGAGCUCUGGUACUGCUGGGAAAGGUUAUGGGAGUUUAGGUGGGCGAAGCCAGUCAUACUCCACUGAUAUCUAUGGAUCUGACUCUGCUUACGGAUCACUUCCAUCCUCACUGGGUGGAGCUGGAAGCCCAUCACUAGGCUACGGAGCCCCAGGUCACUCCCCUGCUCUUCUAAGAUCAAGUGGUUCAUCAGGUAGUGGCGCAUCUGGGGGUGGAAGCAGCACCGGCACAGGAAGUGGGAACUCAGGCUCAGGAGGAGGAGCAGGAAAUAGUAUGACCAACGAGAGAGGCGGAGGAGGUAGUGGUGGAGGGUCCUAUCAUAUUCCAGACUCUAGUCCCUCCCCAUCAGGCAACUCGGGCAUCAUUCGUCCAGGGUUGCACUCCCCGGUGCCCACCUGCCCCACACAAUCUCCAGGAGGUGCGGGCUCUAAUAAAUACAUUUCCUCAGUUCUCUCCCCCACCUUCCUGGCCUCCCCACAGGGCUACCCUGACACCAGGGGCCCUAGUUCCCAACCUCAGUCCUAUCAUUCCACCUCUUCCAAAACAAAAGCAGACGGCUCUAUGCUAGGGGUAGGCUCUCAGAGAUCCCAAGAAGAAGUAGAUGACGAUGAUGAGUUCCUGAUUCAGCACUUGCUGCAAGCCCAAGCAAGUCCUGGUCCCCAGACUGCUCACCACCAUUCUCAACAACCAUCCCAGCAGGCAUCCCAGCAAACACAGCCUCAGCCCCAGUCAGUGCCCCCAACUUCUGAUUCAGGCAAAGGGCUAAGUUAUGACAUGGUUAAGACCUCUGAGGAGAGAUACCACCCCCAGAGUGUCAUACGUACCCAUAGUGCCACAUCUGCGGCAGGAGUAGGAAAUGCGGGGUCCGGAGGGUCCAUCUCAGGGCUGGAAAACCAGCUGGAGAUGUCACUAAAGAAACAACAGCAGCAACAUCAACAACAACAACAACAACAACACCACCAUCAACAGCAGCAGCAGCAGCAAAGGAAUGAGAGGUCUGUUGGAAGCAGCAGGAGCAGUGGUGGGAGAGGCAGCGCGGAACAAGUGCACUCCCACCUCCAUCACCAUGACAACCUCGGCUCUGUAGUCCACUAUGGGCGGGGCGACCCAUACUCCCUUGCCCCCCAACACUCCUCACAUAGUCAGCAUGUGUCCUCUCACUCACAGAUCCCGUCCCACAGCCAAAUGGAGCUCCAGAAGAAGUCACAGGAGCGCGCUGAAAUCCCGUAUCCUCGGAAAACACCGGAAAUCCAGCAGCAGCAGCAUUCACAGUCGCAAGCUGGUGGCUCCCUCAUGGACUCUCCCACUGAUCAGUCCCGUCAGCCACCACACCUGCUCCAGUCAGUGCUGUCCCACACCACACGCAACAAACUGGAGCCUCAUCAGCAGCACCACAAAAUGGACUCUCAUCGGCAACACCAACAGCAUCACAAAAUGGACUCCCACCAACCACAUCAACACCCAAAAAUGGACUCCCACCCUCAGCAUCAGCAGCACCACAAAAUUGAUUCUCAUUCACAACUUCAACAGCACCAUAAAAUGGACUCGCAUGCCCAACAGCAGCAGCACUCUAUUAGUCAACAACAAGCUGUAAUGGAAAGUGCUGGUGGGAGACUUGGCUCCAGCAAACACCAGGCACAGUCUCAGUCCCAAACCACCCAGCUCCAGCUUCAACUCCAGUCCCAGGCUUUGGAAGUGGCUGCGGCUCACUACAACCACGGGCCCCCUCCUCAUCAGCAUGAACAGAGCCAGGUGAAACAAAGCACAGUGGUCUCCUCCUUGGACAUGCUGGAGCGCUCCCUUUCUCAGACGUCCAGCACAGACGUAGCUGUUGGAGAAGACAGACGCGGUGGAGCGGGCAGCGGAGGGAGGAGCGGAGGUAGUGGUGAGCGCCACAGACAGCAGCAGCAGGAACAGCACCCAUCCCACCAUCAGCCACAGCAAACCCACCACUCGCAGCAACACUCAGCCUCUGAGCUUCACUCCUUCCUUUCAGAGUCUGAUAUGAGCUUAUCCACCCCAUCUCACAUGCACCACCUCUCACAACACCACCCACAGCAGCAACAGCACCCCAGUUCUCAACACCAACAAACCCACUCACACCACCCUCACCACAUAUCCGGUCCUUCUGCCUCAGCCCACUCCCAGGCUCAAGCUGACCCGCAGCAGCCACUCUCAUCCCAGCUCACGCCUCAGCAGAGCCAGAUGGACCAGCAGCGCUCCGAGCAACACCAGUUUGACACAGUCAGCCCAGUGGAGAAAGCAGACCAGAAUCAACAAAGUAACCGCUUUGUGCCUCUGACUUCUAUCUGCUUCCCAGAUUCCCUCCUUCAGGAUGAGGACCGCUCCUUUUUUCCUGGAAUGGAAGACAUGUUUUGUGCAGAGGACUACAAGUCGAGCUGUGCUGGGGGUGGGGGACCGGGGCAGGGAGAGAUGAAUGAAAGCCACACUGGGCAGGAGGGAAUGGAUUCCAUGAAAGCUGGACAGGGUGCAGGCGGAGCAGGGGGAAGUGGUGGAGCUGGCUAUGACAUAAUGGGUCACCACGGUGGAGAUCAGGGUUAUGAACCCUAUUGCCAUGGCCUGGAAGAACCCAACAACAACACCAUGACUCUGGAUCUAGACUCCCUUAAAACCCACGAGCUCCCUUCCACUGUCAACACUGAACAGCUGGGACUUAUACAGUCCCAGGCCUCAAAUAUGGGAAUGGGCUCCAAUACUGCUGGUCCCAACAAUGCUGGCGCUAAAAUGUCCUCUGGGCCUGGAGGAGCUGGCACAGGAGCGGGAUCUGGAGGCCUUCAGUCUCCCAUAUUCUGUUCCUCUCGUCCCAAGAAGCUCCUCAAGUCCAGCUCCUUCCACCUGUUGAAGGAGCGCCGGGACCCCAACACACUGCCUAAGAAAAGUUAUGCACAAGAGUAUGAGUUUGAAGAUGACGAGGAUAAAGCUGACCAGCCAGCCGACAUCCGCUUGAAUAGCCGGAGGCUCCCGGACCUACUGCCAGACUUGGUGUCCAGUUGCAGAAAAGGAGGAGGAAGUGGGUCCCUCAGCCCGUUAAUGGGCGACAUUGACUUUUACCACUCCUCUGGCUACUCCUCUAUGGGUUCACACUCUGUUAUGCCUCAGGAGGGACCCAAGAAGAGGGGCCGAAAGCCCACCCGACCCAAGAGGGAGGGUCCUCCGCGGCCAAGAGGCAGGCCCCGCAUCCGCCCAAUGCCUGAGCCGUACACUCCGAGAGGGAUGAUGGGGGACAUGGGUGGAACAACAGUGGGACCAGGAUUCAGUGUGGAGGGACGAGGUAGAGGCAGGGGCCGGGGAAGCCGAGGUAGAGGAGGAAAGAGGGAGGAUAUGUACAUAGAAAUGAGCGGGAAGGAGCAGGAUCAGAUGCACCACCAUCACCUACAGCAGCAGCAGCAGCAGCAGCAGCAGCAGCAGCAGCAGCAGCAGCAGCAGCAGCAGCAACAGCAGCAACAGCAGCUGCAUCACCAGCCCCAACAGCAGCAACACGAGCCUAUUCCACCUCUGAAGAUUAAGUUACCGAUCGGUACCCUGUCCUCCUCUGAUGCCUUGCUGAGGACGGACUCUUUGUCUGGCACGGACCCUGCUCUGUCUGAUGGCUCCGUGGGCUCGGCUCCCUCACUGGGUCUAAGUCCGGGACCCCCCUGCAGCACUGAAAGCAACAGAAGUCAGGACAAGAACAAACAUAAAAGCCAGAUGAUGGGCGAAGGCGUGGAUGACGAAGGGCUGGAGGAAAGGGGGGAUGAGAAGGACUCAGAGUCCAAGGCUGGCUUCGUCGCUUCAUUCUUGGACUUCCUCAAGACAGGGAAGAGACCCCCAGGCUUGGAUAUCUCACCAGGAAUGGAACACGACAAUGGUGAAACCUCUCCGUGUAAAUCAGGGGGUCUGCGCCCUCUGUCUCCUGCACCCCCUCCUCCACCCCCGCCACCUCCAUUUGGGGACGGUGAAGGGAAUGGUGGUCUGGCCCUGGGCAACUGCCACAGCCCCAAGCGCUUGGAAGACGAGCUCAAGAGGAACCUGGAGACUUUGCCUUCAUUCUCCUCUGAUGAGGAGGACUCAGUCGGAAAGAACCAGGACCUCCAGAAGAGCAUCUCCUCCGCCAUCUCAGCUCUGUAUGAUACUCCUCAGCUCACCUCCAAUAUCCAGCCCACACUCUCUCCUCCACCUCCCCAGCCUCAGGCUCAACCCACCCAGUCCCCUCUUACUCCCACACUGCAGCCCCCCACACUUAGCCCACAGCCUGCCAUGCACACUCCCCACAGCCAGCCCAACUCCGAUGAACCAGAUGUUCUCCAGCCAGAAGAUGGAGACAUGGACGAAAACAAAGAGGAGGAACAUGAGGAGGAGAGGAGCACGGGAGUGGACGAAGUGAAUGAUAUGAUGGAGGAGAGAGAACCACAGCUGGAAACCCUGAGCGCCUCUAAGCUCGAUGCGUCACUGCCAGAGAUUCCUCCAGCGCCAGCAACCCCCGAACCUCCUUCUGUCCCCCCAUCUCCCAGCUCAUCCUCCUCUCCCUCUCACUCCCCUCUUCCUCCCCUCUCACUUCCCUCACCCCUCCCUCAACCAGAGGAACAGGAAGAGAAUUCCCAGCCUCCAAGUCCUGUUGCUCCCACAUCCCCAUCACCGUCACCUCCCGCACCCGCUCCUCUCGCCCAGCCUGCCACUCCUCCUCCUCCUUCUCCUUCUCCUUCUCCUUCUCCUCCUCCGGCGACUUCACCUCCUCCUCCUUCCCCGCCUACAACUCAGAAGGAGUCUCCCACGCCAUCUCCGGAGUCUCCCGCCUCUCCCGAAGACCCCCCACCUCCUAAAAUCACCUCCCUGCACCUUGCCCAGAAGCAAGAAGAUGCUGCCAUCGUUGGGGAAAGCGAGGAGGAUGAGAGCGAGAGUGGUGGGGAGGGCAUCUUCAGAGAGAGGGAUGAGUUUGUGGUGCGAGUGGAAGACAUUCGAACUCUCAAGCUGGCCCUGCAGACAGGCCGUGAGCCUCCACCCAUCUGGAGGGUGCAGAAAGCCCUGCUGCAGAAGUUCAGCCCAGAGAUCAAAGAUGGGCAGAGACAGUUCUGUGCCACAAGCAACUAUCUUGGCUACUUUGGAGAUGCCAAGAGGCGAUACCAGCGAAUCUAUGUCAAGUUUCUGGAGAAUGUCAAUAAGAAGGACUAUGUCCGAGUCUGCUCUCGGAGACCUUGGCGCAGAGCCACACCUGCUCUCAGACGCCAGUCCCUCUCGAGAAUGGCCUCUCCUCCUGCUACCCAGGCGCCACAGAGGGUAGUGGAGAAAGAAGAGAGAGUGGCUCCACCAGUCCAGCGCGAACAGAGGGAGAAAACAAGAACAGCAGCCACGACAACAGGGAAGGAACAGCGGGAGAAGAAGGAGGCGCCAGCUGCGGUGCCAAAAGUUAGGGAGAGGGAUAAAGAGAGGGAGCAAGAGAAGGACCGGGAGAAGGAGAAGCGAGUGCAGCCGCAGCAGGAGAAACUGGAGAAGCGUGCUGCAACAGCAGAACGAGGUCGAGCGAAGGAGGAGAAGAAAGCGGUGGAGAGGAAGGAGAAGGAAAAGGCCGAACGCCCACCCAAGUCCAAGCCGGCCAAAGUGAAGGCAGAGCCGCCGCCCAAGAAGAGGAAGAAGUGGCUGAAGGAAGUACCUUCAUCAUCGGACUCAGACUCAUCGGACGAGGCAGCUAGUGAGAAUGAAAUGCCAGUGAAAGGCGGAGUGAACAACCGUGCCAUGAGGGAGAUGUUCAGGAGCUACGUGGAGAUGCUGGUCAGCACGGCCCUGGACCCCGACAUGAUCCAAGCUCUGGAGGACACGGACGACGAGCUGUACCUCCCACCGAUGAGGAAGAUUGACAGCAUCAUCAGCGAACAGAAGAGGAGGUUGCUGAGGAGAGUCGGCAUGAGCUCUCAGCACCAGGAAGUCCUGCAUGCUUACCCCCAGAUCAUUGUAGACCCCCUGGACUCAGGGGCGGUGAGGGUGCGGCUAAGCGGGGACGCUUACAACCGCAAGACGCUCAACAGAGUCAAGAAGUCCUUGCCUAAACCACAGGACCUUAAACUAUCAACCGACUCAUAUCGGAUCUACAGUCUCUACCACUCCCUGCAUCAUUAUAAAUAUCACACCUUUUUACAGUGCAAGAAAGAGACCAACACCAUUGAGCAGGCAGCGGAGGACCCAGGCCAAGAGGAAGUGGUGCAGCAGUGCAUGGCCAACCAGAGUUGGCUGGACACCCUCUUCAGCUCCUUCAUCGAGCUGCUCACGCUCAGCACCAAAGCCUGAGCCAACUGCAGCAAAAGGAGAGAGAAUUCAUUAAAGAGGAUUUUAAAAAAGAAAAAGAAAAGAAAGGCAAGAAGAAAAUACAAAAAGAGAUGGAUCCUACUGUACAGCCCCCAGACCCUCUUCAAAUCUCUAAUAUCUGAGGAUGAAUUUUCAAGGCCCUUGACGAACAAAAGUGGGUCCGUUCAUGUGACUUGGACACUGGCCUCUGUUCUUUUUCUUGUUGUUGAUCAAUGACUUAAGAAAUAUCUUACUUAGUGAGGAGGGGGACUCCACCAGAUCAGGGGCCACUGGUGGGUCAAGAGGGAAUUUGACCAUUGGUGAAAAAGAAGAAACGGGAGGUGAAAGGACGAAGAGGAGGAGGAGCCGCAGAUGCCAAGUCAACAGAGGAGCCACUGACAUCUUGUCAACUGUGUGUCAUAAAGACAAUAGUUCAAAGAGACACUAUUACUGCUUAGUUUUUACAUAAAUUAUUUUUUUGAAAAGACUAACAUCAGCUGUUGGCUUUUGAAAAGAGUGGAAGAGGGAGAGAAUGCUUUUUAACCUGCGUGUAGAGUGUGCCACGAGCAACGCGAACAUGGACUCGUCUCCGGAUAGAAACAUGAAAUGUGUUAACGAACGCUCUCCCUCUCAUCCCGUGCUUAUGUGAAGGGCAGCACCAGUCGGCUGUGUGAUAAUAUAUAAACACAUUUUUAUUAUUUAUAUGAGGAGGUUUUUAACUUAAACUCUCACAAGUGUGCUGCGUUGCUGCCCUCACAUUUUAAAUACCUUUUUAUUUUCCACAGGUUCAGUGUACAAUCGUUGACCCACAUAUCCAAGUCGUCUUCCCCUCUAUACAAAAGAACAGACGUUGAGACAGAAAUAUUGUAUCAAAUACAGUGGGUGUAAAAUAACAAAAAAGAGGAAGAAAAAAAAGGGAAUGGGAAAAUCUAUUUGGAACUUACAUUGGUGUUCUUCAGUUCAAUCAUCAGUCAUGCAGGUGCAAAGAAAAAAGAAGUAAACUAUCCAUUUCCCACGUGGGAAGGAGUAUAAAUAAGUAAUAUUUAAAGAGGAAAUAGUCAUUUCAUUUUUAUCAUUUUGAUGUUUGUGCAUACUAUGACUUAUUUUGAAAACAAUCUAAUUUUCCAUAAAAAAAGGAAAAAAAGGCGUGUAAAUAUUGUACAGUUCUUGAUGAAAUUCUUUGUCCUUCUGUACAUUAACUCCUGUAUUUGAGAAACAAAUAAAAUCUGCAAAGAACAAA